ACUGUCAUAACACGCAUUUGAUAGUUGUCAUUAUUACUGCUAUGCGUUAUCAAAAUGAAUGAAUUCAAGCGCGCGCGGAUACAUCACGAAAAAAUCGUAUAAAAGCUGUGCAACAUCAUUCUGAACGGCAUACACAAUUCAAUAGCACACAGACUGAAACACAUCAUGGCGACGACGAGAGCAGUAACACUUUUAUUACUGAGUUUCGCUUUUAACAAAGCAUACUGUACUCCAGUACCACAGUGUGGACAAUCGCAGUUACCAACAGGCUCACAGUCAUCGCCACCUAGUUUCCAAUCCGGAUCACCAGCGAAUGGAUCACCAGCGAAUGGAUUAUCAGCGGGGCAACAACCAGAAGUAUAUAAACAAAAUAAUGGACAACCUCUCGUUUUAGUUGCAAAAGAUCAAGCACAAGGAUCACAACCACCACCACCACCACCACCAUCAUCAUCAUCAUCACCAUCAUUUGCCUCAUCACCAUCAUUCGGAAGCUCGCCAUCUGCAGGCUCACCAAGUAAUGCCGCAGGCUCACCAAGUGCAAGCCAAGAUGAAAUCAACAUCGGACAUCAACUUGCUGAUCAAUCAAUUUCUGAUGGAGCUCUAGAAACAAUUCCCGCUCCCAAUAAACCAUGCAAAGAAGAAACAUCCACAGAAGUUGUUCAACAUCCUGGCGAAACGUUUGUUCAUCAACCAGGAGAAAUUUUAAUUAAUCAACCACCGACACGUCUCAUCAUCAAUCAUGCUCCAUAUAUUGUGCGACCAUCACCAAUUGUUGUCAACUCUGGCGCAAGAACUGUUACAAAUGCAUACACACGUCGAAUAUUGCCAAGCACUAUUCAAUUGCGGCCGGUUAUUGUUCGUCUUGUGAAACCAAUUGAACGUAAAGUGUUGCUUGAUAAACCAGCACCACAACCAGGUAGCGAAACAUAUGCAUCUAAUCCUGAAAUUCCUGGCCCAUGUUCGAAUACAAAUUCAGCCGCAAACUCAAUGGCAAACUCAUUUGCUCCCGCCAACUCUUCGCCAUUCGGAUCCUCAUCUGUUCCAGCCUAUUCUCAGCCAGCAUCUGCUCCGUCUUACUCGUCACCAGCUCAAACUCCCGUUUACGGUGACUCAGGAUUAGCACCUGCAUACGGAAAUUAUCCAAGCGGUAGUCAACCAUCGUAUGGAUAUCCAAGCUCAUACGGCAGCCCAUCAGUUAGUAACUCAUUUGGAAGUUCCUAUCCAGGUAAUUUUGGAUCAUCGGCUCCAGGCGCAUGGCCACAAAGUGGCUCAGGAAUGCCAGACUUGUCAAGUUAUCUCGGGAAUUCACCAUUGAGUUCUGAGUCAGAUGCCGAAAUUUCAACGGGCUGUGGAUCAGCUGUGGCUUCACUUGCAGCCCCAUCUUAUGGAUCAUCACCUUAUGGAUCAUCACCUUAUGGAUCAUCUCCAUGUGGAUCAUCGGGCGCUUCCUCUUCUGCGGAUUAUCUCCAAUCAGAACCAGCUAGCGCUGCAGACAUAAACUCUCUCAGUUCUCUCAGCGCAAAUUCGCUCGCUGGACAAAAUAGUUUUGGUUCCGGCUCAGGUUGUGUUUAAAUUGUUUGUGUAAAAAAAAGUCAAUAAUAAAAUGUGAAAAUAAAAUAAAACAAAGACUCCAAAA